GUGUGUCUGACAGCGAAUGACAGAUGCAUUUAAUGAAGUAAUCAUACGAGAUCAGUCCUAUCUUUUCGUAAUGAUAGGGUCUUUACCAUUGGGAUUCCAGCAUUUUUAAGAGGACAUUUUUUACAUCGAUCAUUUCUUUUGGUUCCUAUUAGAUAUUAUAUGGUCAGAGUUCGUCCUCGGCGCUUUUUUUCCAGAGGGGCUUAUUAUACUAAGGCGCAGUGGAUUAUUUUGAAACGUGCACAAAGACAUAAAAAAAAGACAGGAAAUGAGAUGAGCAAGGGAAUCAACAUUCGAUUUGAAACUAUUGGCCAACUUCCGGGGUUACAUCUUUUCUGGUUAUAUCAAGAGAAAGCAUCCAUAAAGGACAGCAUCCCAUGUCCACCAGAACAUCGAUGUAAGGAAGAGGAAAUUCCUCUUUUGGGCUUGCCUUGUUUAGGCUUGGACUCACGGAACCUGCUUUCAAAUUGAGGGAAAAACUGUUCUCGAAGAAGCGUGACCAUCCAGUUGAAUCUCGUUACCCUCCCGUGUGGUUAUGGGGGCG